CCAGCUCUUCCAUUAUCAGAUGUUACAGAUCAGGCCCGGGGUUAAUGUGCACACACCGGCUUUCUUUGAGGAAAGUCACCGGGGAGUGUUUUAAUGGUUAACCCCGCAGCUCGGUCAUUAGUUAGUGUUAGCGACACAACAACAGCCGCUAUGUUAACUUCGAUUGUCCUCAGCAAAACGCGUUAGCCUCGUAGCUAAAGCUAGCUACGGUGGCAAGCUGUUAACAUUAAUGUUAGCUUACUGGUGCAAAGCAAGUCAUAUGUGUUGAACAAAAUGUGUCGGUGUCAGAAUGCUAAGCUGCGCUAACCCUGAGCGGAGCUGCUGUAGCUAGCUGUUAGCCGUGUUAGCUAACUUAGUGGUGGGCUGCCUCACACCAACAAAGUUGUUGGAUGUUCCUGCAGAGUGGCUGUCCUUUGUUCUGACUGAACAUGGUGUUGAUGGGGUAGCUUAGCAUUGCGUUUAGAACCAGCCAGUGUGAUCUAGACAGCAGGGUUUUAGACACGUACUAACAAAGAUUGGAUUUAACAUUUGUUUGAAAUGUUUGCUCAAUAUUACGGCAACGAUUUGUCAAUGCAACUUACAACAAACCAGUUGCAGCGAUUUGCAAGUAAAAUGUGUUCAUCCUUUCGUUUGCAUUUUUAGUUUUGAAAAGUAGUUGUGGGUUUAAACAGAGCAAGGGGAAAGGAGCAUAGCACAGAUCAUGAAUGAACCACAGGCUUCUCCUUCAUCUCACAUUUCUGCCUGCAGACUUUUAGCACUUUAAGACUUUUUAACUAUGUCUUCAGCACCUUGCAUUAUGUUUCAUUGAGAUGGCACCGUUUGACCUUACCAGCCCAUCAUUACUGAUGUAUUGCAUUUUGUUUUUAAUCUAGAUUAAUAUCCAAUUAAGUGUACCAUUUAUUUUGUAUAGCCCUGUACUGUAUACAGUGUCUCAAUGGGCAUUACAGAACUACAAUACCCAAGCCUUCUAAAAGUGGAGGGGGGAAAUAAAAGAAGAGAGUUCCUGUUGGUGCCGAUGGUGACAUUAGACGUGGGUGAUGCAGCUGGAUCCUGCUGUUGAGUGUGCUUUGGGAUCAUGAUGUAUUAUCACAAACCUGAUCAAGCAAACUACCUUUGCAAAUGAGUUCCUGCUUGCUUACAGGACGUGUGUCCUAUCACUGAGGCCACAUGUGUAUCUGGAGAGAUGGAUCGUUGUAAACACGUGGGACGCCUUCGUCUGGGCCAGGACCAUUCUAUCCUCAAUCCACAAAAAUGGCACUGUGUCGACUGCAGCACCACCGAUUCAGUUUGGGCCUGCCUCAAGUGCUCCCAUGUGGCCUGUGGUCGUUUCAUGGAGGAGCACUCGCUGAAACACUUUGAGGAGUCGCACCACCCUCUGGCUAUGGAAGUGCGUGAACUAGAUGUCUUCUGUUUCGCCUGUGGAGACUAUGUACUCAAUGACAAUGUGGAGGGUGACCUCAAACUCCUCAGAGGGGCACUCUCAACUGUCCGCAGCCCGGGUAGACGCUCACUACGCUCCUCCGUUGGGGGGGAAUGCACCCCGUGGGUGGGGGAAGGUGGGCCACAGCCUGCCAUGCAGCUGGCUCUCCGUCACAGGAGGAAAGCACUUCUCGGGAAGAUGCUCCAGGUGUGGAUCAGCAAACAUCAGGAGCUGCAGAACCAGCGUAAGGAGAAACUUGAGGAAGCCAGAAGACGGAAAAAAGAGGUAAAGAGGAGACUCAUGGAAGAGCUCGGCAAUGUUCCACCCAGAAAGAGCGCUCGGCUUCUUACUCAGGCUCCACGCUCAACCAUCACACUCAUUCCUCGCAAAUUUCGCGACCCUCCAGAACGCCUACCUCCUUCUCCUCCCAAGAAGCCUUCCCUCCUCCCCCUGUCCCGUAAGGCUCCUCAGAAUGGCAGAGCUGCUAAACUGAGGAGAUACUACUCCGCACACACGGUAACUCGCCGGAGACUCGCUCCAGGUGUUACCGGUCUGCGCAACUUGGGAAACACGUGCUACAUGAACUCAAUAUUGCAAGUGCUUAGCCACCUGCAGAAAUUCAGGGAGUGUUUUCUCACUUUGGACCUGUGUGAGACUGAGGAGUUACUGGCCAAGACCAACCACUCCCAGCAGGGAAUAACGGGUGGUGUAGUGAACAGUGGGAACACAUCACUGGCAGGAUGCCCUCUUGGACGCAUGGGGAAGGCAGGCAGUUGGAACUUACCCCCCAAAAAAGAAAGUGACCCUCCUCCCACACAGGCUGCAGAGUUGGUCCAGCCAAAGGAGCCCCGUUGCUCCACCCGCCAGCAGAUGUCUCUGUGCCAUGAAUUACACACACUUUUCAGGGUCAUGUGGUCAGGCCGCUGGUCUUUAGUGUCCCCCUUCGCCAUGCUGCACUCCGUGUGGAACCUCAUCCCGGCCUUUCGCGGCUACGACCAGCAGGACGCCCAGGAGUUCUUGUGUGAACUGCUGGACAAGGUGCAGCAGGAGCUGGACACAGAGGGGUCCAAGCGGAGGAUAGUUAUCCCCAUCACAAAGAGGAAACUUUCCAAGCAGGUGCUAAAGGUUCUGAACACCAUCUUUCAUGGGCAGCUACUCAGCCAGGUUACGUGUCUGUCCUGUAAGCACAAGUCGAACACCGUCGAGCCAUUCUGGGAUUUGUCUUUGGAGUUUCCAGAGCGAUACCACAGUAUAGACAAAAGCUCAGGCUCCACAGCUUACCAACGCAGCUGCACCCUCACCGAGAUGCUGUCCAAGUUUACAGAGAUGGAGGCUCUUGAAGGCAGAAUCUAUGCCUGCAACCACUGCAACAAAAGAAGACGGAAAUCCUCCCACAAACCCUUAGCUCUAUCAGAGGCGCGUAAACAGCUUCUGAUCUACCGUUUACCUCAGGUUUUACGGCUGCACCUCAAACGCUUCAGAUGGUCUGGGCGGAACCAUAGGGAGAAAAUCGGCGUACAUGUGGCCUUCGACCAAGUUCUGAACAUCAAACCAUACUGCUGCACGGGCUCAGGUCACUCUGUCCACAGAGGAGGCUACACCUACGAUCUAUCUGCUGUAGUUAUGCAUCAUGGGAAAGGCUUCGGCUCAGGGCACUACACCGCAUACUGCUAUAACACAGAAGGAGGUUUCUGGGUCCACUGUAACGACUCUGACAUGAAGGUUUGCAGUGUGGAGGAAGUGUGUAACACUCAGGCCUAUAUUCUCUUCUACACCCAGAGGUCGGCCUAGGUACCUCUCACUGUGAUGUCCACCUGUAUGCGGCAGCCGAUAGCUGCAUUUAUGAAAAUGUUCUCUGAUGUUUUCCCAGAAGUCAUAGAAAUAAUCACUUCAGUAAAGACUUCCUAAAAAAGAUGGAAAAGAGGGCAGUAGAACAGCCUCGAUUAUGAGGCAAGGUGAGAAUUUGAGCAGACGAUGGUAUACUUAAUGUAUUGUUGCCAAGGACAAAUUGGUGAUUUGAACUAAAGUAUUCUGCUGAACAUCUUUUAGAUUUUAUUUUUAUUUUUAAACACAAAAACCAUUUCAUUAAUGAGGCCACAGGCCCCUCAGCCUUUGGUACCAGCAUAUUGGUUAACAGCCUGAAGACUUAGGGAGCAGGUCUUUCUCUCUCCUGCUUAUCAUCGAGUUGUGUGUCCGUGUUUUCUUCGUUUUUAAAACCAGGCUCAUGUCUGUUGAGUCUGGAACUAACCAGGGCCUCUCCUGAGACAGCAUUUUGUUUCAAACAUUUGAAGGCAACACAGAUUUUGGAUUUUUAACUGUAAUUCAGCACAUUCGAUGCCAAUGCUCACUACAUAUGAUAAAAAGUACCAUAAAAGUCUGUGUAUAAGAAGCACUUUAAAAAAUGAUUUUAAAACUAAAAAGUAGGCUUUUAUACCAGUGCAACCAAUAUGCUGUAUAUUUAUUGGUUGGUUAAACCAGUUUGAAGUGCUGAGUCAUAAACCGUCAUGACCACAAGUGCAGCUGCCAUCAACACACCUGAAUGCAACCUUACAUGAUUGAACAUUCAUACCAAUUUAUUGUGUGUUGCAAGCUGCAGCUUCACUACACAAAUCUCACUGGGAUACAUCGGGACACCGACCAUGCUGGGGGCUUUUCACAGCGUUUCUCCUUUCAUUAGGUCAUAGACAUGCAUUGAAUGAUAAGGUGGUAUGCUGUUGAGUAAACCUUUUGAAGUGCUGGUUUGAUUGGAAAGACUCAUCAAUUCAAAACAAAAAAUUACCAGCAAAGAUGGGUAGUACGACUCUAUUUGGCCAAUUGCUUGAGUGGAGUGGGUUUCAUACUAAUCUGUUAUUGUUUUCUUAGGCCGAAAGCUUAACUACCUUAUCGGUAGGUAGCCGGAUUGCAAACACCACAUGAGGAAAAUAGAUGGGUGCUAAAAAGAGCAGAACAGCUACAGAGAAACUGCACAUUUUGAACUUCACUGAACACCAAUUGAAAUUGCCACGCAGGAAGACCAUUUCCCUUCCCUCUUUCCACUGGGAGUCCACCAAAAACAGACUGUGUCUUGUAGAUGGGUGCAACUUAUAUUCCAGAUUUUAUGGUACGUCAUUAACACCAUUGUGUAGUUUAAAGAGGUCAUAUUAUGCCCUUUUUUGGGUUCAUAUAUUUAAUCUAUGUACCUACUAAAGUAUGUUCACAAUAGAUAAAGUUAUAAAAAAGUGUCUGUUUUCAUGUACUGCCGCUCCAUGCACCGGCUCACUUCUGACUCUCUAAGGCUCUGAAGUGCCCACGUUCAGAGUCCCACGUGUCUGAUCUGAUUGGUCGGCCUGUCGGCUCUGUCGUAGUUGGUCAGUCGCUCAGCACGGUUUUCGGAAAUGUCCCGCCCCUUUUACCAUAUUAGGAAUGCAGCCACUGGCUCCAUCCGAGGGGAGCAUAAACAUUAGCACGUUAGCACUACUGUGAUACUGCAGACUACGUCAUAUCAUGGGUGUGCUACAGAAGUUAACGGGCGUGCAACAUGAACUGCUGGGCUUGCCACAACGAGCCAAUGGGCUUAGAUCAGUGAUAUCACACUGACAAGACGUCACACUGGCAAAUUUUUCCCGAGGGGGGCUAGAACCGAGCGUUACAUGCAGCUAAUGCUACAGCUAACAGGAGGACGUAGGUUUCCGCAGACUUUGAAUUUUUGCAAAUAGAUGUGCCUAAACAUGCACAGGAUACUUGGAAAACACAUUAAGGGCAUAUAAAACCAGAAAAAGCAUAACAUGGGACCUUUUAACUUGAAUUCCCCAAAUUCACACAGUUGCCAUUUCCCUCUGACAACACACUCAGGGUUUGGAUGUCCAAACACCUCACAGUGUCUCUAGGUUGUACGUUUUAAAAUGUAACAUUUCACCAUGUCCUGAUGCAGCAUGGUCUGGACGGACAUCGCCCAUAUUUGAGACUCCAUUAACAUUGAACGAAAUGCUAGAUUUUAUUACCAUAGUGGAGAAAUGGCUCAAUCAUGCUAGCAUUACCUUUUGAUAAUGUUGAACCUAUAGGACAGGCCCAAAUGCCUUACUUAUAAUAACAAGUAUGAUUUUUAAUGAUUUCAUCAACACUUUUCCUUGUAGCUAAUGGGUUAUCAAAUGUGUUAAUUUCACAAAGUGAAGUCUUGUUUUGACUUCCCCUUUCAUACCAUAUCAUAUAAUACAGAAUAAAAAAGGGGCAGUAGAAUUCAGCCUACUCUUAGCAAACAAUCAUGUAAGCUAGUUUGUGGCUGAAUGCUAAAAUAAGCUCAUACACAGUAGCUUAUGGGUCAUAAAAAUGGCCUGAUAUACAUCCUUGUUAUUCUGAUUUCUCAUCUUUCCUCCUUAUGGUACACGGGAGUAUAUCAUAUUCAGAAUUUGAGCUUCCCAUCAUGAGCUUGGUGUUAGAGGAAAAUGGCUACUAUGUGAAUCUUGUCAUUGGGAUGAAUGAAGACACUGUGUUGGCACCUUUUUAACCUUUUCGGGUUUUUUUAAAUGUCACUUGGGGAAACAUUUGUAUGUCUCCCUCUCCUCAAAUGUAAUGCUCUGACAAGAUACUGUGUCCUCCGCUCUCAGUGAACAAGAAUAGUUUUUCAUUUUUUAGUUUGUUUUUUAGGCACUGUAUGUUUCACUUUCAUUAAAAGAAGAGGCAAAACGUUGGAUGGAAAGCUGCACUUUUGAGGAGGGGCUAUUACGGUUGGUCCUAUAUUUGGGAUUGUUUUAUUUUAUUAGUUCCUGUAUCUUCUUUAACUGGCAGCUCCCCCUGUGGUUAAACUAGUCUGAGAGGGUCGAAUACACUGCUGCACCUGUGUGUUACCUGCAGGAGAUGGAAAAAAGAAAAAGGACAGAAUGGGCAGACGGCCAUACUGAGGAAUGUGUUCUUAGGAAAGUAGGGGUACCCAUUUUGAGUUGAGCACCUGAAAGCAAUAUAUUGAACAUCUUGCAUCUUGACAGGAAUUUAAGAUAAAAUCAGGAAUUCUUCUGCUUGUUAUACAAUGUUUUUUUUUUCUACUCUGCCGUUUCUAUUAAGGUCUUUAGAAUUUGCUAGGUAAUCAAGUAAAAAAAAAAAACUUGCGUUUGAUACGAGUCAAAUGCAAAAUAAACAUUUGUGAACUCUAUGUAAAAGUUGGAACAAUCUAAUGACGAUGAAUGUCUUACUUUUUAGCAGUACGGUGUGGUCAUGCCACUGCCACUGAUCCUCUUGAGUUCUGUCUUGUACUGUAAGAAUACCUGUCAUAAAUGUUAUGGUCAUAUGGGGUUUGCCUGACAGUAAUUAUUAAAAGACGAAGCAAAUUUGAA